AUGAAGACCGAGACUCCGGAAGGAGCGGGCGGAGCGCGCGUGCCCGAGACGCCCCCGCCCCCGCGCGCCCCCGCGCGCCCCCGCCCCCGCCCCCGGCCGGCCUCCGGCGCCUGCGUCGGACGAGCGGGGGCGGGACAGGCCGCGCGGGGGCGCGCGCGGUGCCGGCCGCCUAGCUCAGGCCCAGGUGCCGCCCGCGUCUCCGCCGAGGCUGCGGCUCCCGCGGGCGUCGAGGGCGUGGCGGGCGAGCUGCGGGCGGCCGCGCGGCUCCCGACUCUGUCCCGGCCCGGGCCCCCGCGCAGCCAGGCUCCAGUGCAGCCCCGCCGCCGCCAGGCCUCUCGGCUCCUCCGGCUUCCGUCCUGCCGGGCAGGGCGCAGGGUGCGGGCAGAGCCGUCGCAUCGGUUAUUCCCCAACUUCUUGAAACUUGUGCAUCUGCUUCCGUCCGCUGCCAGGACAGGUAGAGCCACAGAGGUGCAGACGUCUAGUGAAGCCCGGGACAAGUCCUACCUGCUGCCUCCCCAGCCUGCCAAACAGUUCCUCAUCUCCCCUCCAGCCUCGCCGCCGGUGGGGUGGAAGCAGAGUGACGAUGCAGUGCCUGUUAUAAACUAUGACUUACUCUGUGCUGUGUCCAAAUUGGGACCAGGAGAGAAAUAUGAACUUCAUGCAGGAACCGAGUCGACGCCUAGCGUGGUGGUUCAUGUCUGUGAGAGUGAAACCGAAGAGGAAGAAGAAACAAAAAACCCCAAACAGAAAAUUACCCAGACGAGGCGCCCUGCACCUCCAGUUGCAGCACAGAACGAGCCCCCGACCUUCGACUGUGUGCUGUGAGGCCCUGGGCUGUGGGGCAGGGCAGCUGCCCUCCUGGGCUUCAGCCGUGGGAUCUG